AUGAUCUCAAAAUUAAUAGCAUCAACGAGCGAGGGCUGGCCAAGAUGGCUGAGCAUUAGGGGGAAUUCGGAAAUAAUCGACUUUACUAUUCGGACCUCACAUUACCUUAGAGAAGAAAUAACCAAGCGAAAGUUCCCAGCUGAUCCUGCAUUGAUCAUCCAGUUGACCAGGGAUAAAUCUACCACCAUUACCGAAGAAUCUGGGGAGCUUGGAACAACGAUCGAGGAUAGUCUUAUUGAACUUGUCUACUCAUCAAACUUCAUCGAAGUCACCGGCUCUGAUUUUGAUGUGACGGAGAAGUUGUGCCGUGCUAUUUUCCGAGGUCAGGAAGUUCAAGCCGAAGUCGAACCAAACAGCCCAGAAUACGAGCAAGCAAGGGCUGCAUUGAUUGCAUUGAAACGACCUAACUCGCCCGAAGAAAUCGUGCGAAGUCGACAGGAGGUUAUUAACCACGCCAAAGCCUUGAACUAUGCUAUCGAUCACAUCAUCCUCAAUAGCGAACCAGUCACGGAAGACUUUCUUCGAGAAGUACAUGGCAUAUUAGGUGCUGGAAAGGUCUUGGGAGAAGAUGCAGGACGACCCGGGGAAUACAGGACUUGGGAAAUCGCCGCAAGACACGGUCAGGAUAUGAAGAAAAAAUCCAUCUUCAUACGUGCAUCCACCGUUCCUACCUACAUGAAGGAGUUGGUGGGCGAUCUACACAAAGACAUGAUCGCAGCGGAGGAAAACGGAACCAUUGACCCCUUUGAUAUGGCAAGCCGAUACUGCCAUCGUCUUGUCUGCAUCCACCCUUUCGGAGAUGGAAACGGUAGAAUGUGUCGGAUUUUGCUCAACAUGAUCCUCUUAAAGUACGCUGGGUUUGUCAGUACGUUUGGUGGCACCGAAGACGAACGGCAAGAAUAUCUGGACAUAGCAAAGCGAGCCAACAAGAAAUUCCACGAAGAAGAUAUGGAAGUUCCCGAGGAGGAUAAGAAAGGACAUCGUGAGUUAGCGAAAUUCAUGCUAAGGACAUCUAAGAAGACAUUAGGAAAGUUGUGGGCGUGGGCUACGGAUUAA